GGUGUCAACAGUACACCGGAGAAUAAAACAGUCCCUAGUAUACGAAUCGUGGGCUACCAGGGUCGCGCUAUGGUGGUUGUGUCCUGUGUAACAAAAGACGCUCCAUACAGACCGCAUCCACACAAUCUCGUUGGCAAAGAGGUGUGCAAGCAGGGUGUUUGUACGGUAAUGAUUCCGUCAUCAAAUAUAGCUGUUACCUUCUCGAAUCUGGGCAUUCAAUGUGUGAAAAAGAAAGACAUCGAAGAGGCUCUCAGAGUGCGUCAGAAGUUACGAGUAGAUCCUUUUAGAACUGGUUUCGAACACAGAAGGCACCUGAAUCAAAUAGAUCUUAACGCGGUGAGAUUAUGUUUCCAAGUUUUCUUAGAAGGAGAUUUGGACAAGCCGUUACAGCCUAUUGUGUCUGACCCUAUUUAUAAUAAAAGUAUGUAACGUACUAUAUGUCAUUUUAUAUAAAAUGUAUAUACAUAUACAGUGCAGGCCAAAACUGUGAAAACAUUUUUAACAGUUGUCAUUUUUCAGAUU